AUGAGACAUGUAGAGAGAGACACCCAGAUACCGGUCAGUGGUUUCUUCAAAGAGUUCCGAGUAUGGCUUGAAGGGCCAGCUCACCAGACACCACGCGUCUUGAACAUCAUUGGCAAGUCGAGUGCUGGGAAGACUUCCCUCAUAUCCAGCGCCAGCGCAAUUAGAGCUGCCCAUUCGAUGGGAAGAGACCACCUUCAAAUUGCCGCCACUUACUUUUCUUGUUCUUUUAACGAAGCCGCUUCCCAGGAUCCCGCCCAUAGGGUUGGCUCGUUCAUAUCUCAGGUCUCAACUGUAUGUCCGAACAUGCUGGAAGGGUUGGAGGUGGGGUUUUGGAGAAUAGAGGGACCUACCCUUCAAGAUCUGGAACAACGACUCACGUCCCAAACUGCGCGCUCCCCAUUGAAGAUACUUGUCCUUAUAGACGCUGUCAACGAGUGCAAGAAAAUCGAGCCGAUGAUCGAUACCUUGCUCAGACUUGCCGAGUCUGCGUCUGACAUCCGUGUGCUUUUCACAAGAACUGAGGAAGAUCCUCUCAUAACGACAUUGAUUGACCUUGAGCCCCAGAAAGCAACGGCCCUUGAGAUGUCAGCAUUGAGUGCAGAUAUCGAUCUCUUCAUCGAAGCCAAAAUUAGAGAGAAAAAGGAUCUGCAACGAUUGCCUCCAGAAAUGAGAGAAGAGAUUGACGUUACGUUAAACAUGAGAGCCGAUGGCAUGGACAUGGAUCUAGACACGUUAGGAGGCCGCAAUGCCUCCACUGCAUUGCAAGUCACUUGUUAUAGAGGCCAUUAUGAAGUAGCGAAGGAUCUACUUGACGCCGGCGCAAAUCCCUAUCACAGAGACCGCUAUGGACGCUCCAGCCUAUUCUAUACGUUAUGCCACGGCAACAAAGACAUCGCGGAGCUUCUAAGGCAAUAUCUGCGUUCGAGGACCGAUCCGAAGGGCGAGGCUGCGUCCAUCCACGUUGAGGAAGCUUUCGCUGCUGCCCGCAUGUUCAUGGCAGGAGCAGCGCAUUAG